AUGUCGGGCCUCGAGCCACUUGCCGCCUUGGGGCUCGUGUGUAACGUCCUUCAAUUAGUUGAAGUCGGACUGAAAACAGCCACGCUUUGCAAGAAUGCCUAUCGCACAGGCGAACCGGAUCCCGAGCUCAGCGUCUACGCUCAGAAUCUGGCAGUCGCCGCUUCAAGCUUGAGCCAGUCGCUGGAGCGCUCCCAGCACCCCCUCAGUCUCGAUGACGCGAGGCUCUUGACUCUAGCUCGCAAUUGUCGAGAUGCCGAAGCUGAAUGGAGGAAGGAAACCCCAGCUCGGUUGCUUUCCCAACAACAACCUCGAAAGCGAGAUCGCUUUGGGGCCGUUUUCCGAGGGAUUAUCAAUAAGCCGGAAAUCGAUCGCUUGGAAAGUCAGCUACAGAAAGCCAAAGAGUCUCUGGAGACAGAUCUUCUUGUUGGAGCCUUCAAACGUCUUGAAAUCUCCAAGGUCCAGGCUGACGACCUUCGAGAAACGCUUCAAAAUUUCCUUGUAAUAGCAUCCGCCAGUGAAACAAAACUUCAUAACCUCAUCCAAGGACAAGUAUCUCUGGUCAAUACGCAGUUAUCAGACCGCAUUGAGAGAGCCGAAUCAUCCACAAAAGCUCAUAUCACAUCAGAACUUGGUAUUCAUGAGUCAAGAAUUAUAUCAAACGCCGAAAAGGGGAAGGAUAGUCUCUUGGCAGAAGCUGAAGCAAGAGAGGCGAGCCGGAGGGAGGACGAGGCCUACGAACGACUCCUGCGCAGCUUCCAUUACCCAGACAUGAAUCAUCGAAAAAAACGAGAUACAUUCCUCUCACGCGUUGACAUUCCACUGGAUAUUCGGACGAGCCAGUUUAGAUGUUCCUCAUCCAAAGCCUCGGCUUGGUGGUGGGCUAGACCUCAACGCCGAAGGGCUGGUCUACGGCACCUUUGUCAGAUGGCUUGA